CUGUGUGGCAGUUGCUUGGGGAACUCCUAAAGAGGAGAACCUCAAGUCCUAAUGAAGCAGCCUCGUUGCAGCUUCCCCGGCCCAACCCCGCCCUGCCCAGACCUGUUCUCCAUUUCACCACCUCCCUUCCCCAAGGCCACCCAGCAGCAACCAUAGCCUGCUUGCCUCCCUACCUGGCAGUCUCAACUGCCAGGGUUCUCGGCAGGGACCUGGAGCAGCACAGGCCAUGGAGGACACCACAGGGCCUGUGCUCUACCACAAGCUGCAACUCUGGGAGCCUGGCAUGGAGUCGGAGGAGGAGGAAGAGGAAGAAAUAGCAGAGCCACUGGUCCUCUCCCUAAGGAGAUCCCAAAAUACCCCCCGGAACAAGGUCAGAGGGCUGCCAGGAGCCUGGGCUCGCCUGCUGGCAAGUCUGCUGCUGCUAGCUGUUAGCAGCUCCCUGGCUCUGAGGCAGCUGCACAGUAGGGACAGACCAAAAGAAAACUUGGGCUCUGUGGCCCCUCAAGCCAGCAGGCACUCCCAUCACCCUGGGGUGUACCACCAUGGAGCCAUUAUCAGCCCUGCAGCCACAUGUUCUCAGCUGGGCCAAGAGCUGCUUGUCGCUGGGGGGAAUGUCGUGGAUGCUGGAGUUGGAGCAGCUUUGUGUCUGGCGGUGGUACAUCCUCAUGCAACGGGGCUAGGUGGCAUGUUCUGGGGCCUCUUCUACAACAGCUCCUCAGGAAACUCAACUGCCCUGACAGCAGGCUCAGUGGAAACCCUGGCCCCUGGUCUGGGGCUGCCCACAGCUCUGCCUGCCCUUCAUUUGCUUCACACACACUUCGGCCGCCUGCCCUGGCCACAGCUGUUGGUCAAGCCUGCCAUGCUGGCUCAAGAGGGCUUUGAGGUAGAUGCACCCCUGGCAGGUGCACUAGCAGCCCAGGGCACCAAGGGACUCUGUCCACUCUUUUGCCAUACCAACGGGGCUCCACUGAGUCUUGGGGCUCGCGCUACCAACCCCAAACUGGCAGCUGUGUUGCACCAGGCAGCCAUGGCUUCUAGCCCCAACCUUGCUGGGGAUGCCUUGCUGAGUCUGCUGGUCAAAGACCUGGGGCUAGGGGAGCCUCCUGCUCAGCCCAUGCCCUCCUUAGAGCCCGCACUGCAGCUUUCCGUGCCACAGGGUGACCUCUUCACUACUCCUGCUCCCUCAGCUGGCCCAGAACUUCUGGAACUGCUGAAGUCUGCCCUUCACUCCAGGACACCCAGCCCUACUUCCUGUCUGUCUCUCCUGCAAACUGCCAUGACCUCAGGGAAUAGCGCCGUGGCCACUGUGGACAGCAGCGGUUCUAUGCUCCUUCUAACUUCCUCAAUCAACAGCUCCUUUGGUUCUGGACACCUGUCCCCAAGGACUGGGGUUCUGUUCAGCAACCUGGUAGCCAGAUCGGCACCUAGUGCCUGGGCCUGCCCACUCAUUCUCCAUGGCAGUCUGGAUGACACAGAAUCCGAUAUGUUGGGGCUAGUGGCUUCAGGGAUGCCCAGAGGGACCAAGGCCAUCACUUGCACCUUGCUCAAUCAUCUGGCAGCACCCCAAAUCCAACAGCAAACCCAGCAUCAAGCUCAACAAAGACCCACAGAAAGCACUGGAGUUUGUGGCCAAGGGAACCUACUCCAAGUGGCAGUCCAUGCAGAACAUGCCCAUGUCUCCAGUGUCCCCAGUGGCUGCUGCCCCUUCCAGGGGUAUUAACAGAGGGACGGAGUCUGGAAAGGGCAAAGCUAUCUGGAACCUGAGGGCCAGAGGCCUGGCAGCAAUGAGUGCAGACAGAGAAUGUAUCUGUGAUGUGUUCACUGCUCCGUCAGCCCGCCGUUCAUCCUGUUCUGUCACCUGGCUCUAGCUCCGUCAUCCAGCGUGUUUCCUGGUACCCACACUGAUGGAAUUGCUGGGUUUUCUAUCAGAUCAGGACCUAGAGGAUGAUGAAAAGGAGACUGAGUGUAACUCAGCUUCAGGAAAGUCGGUGGAAGGUAGAGAGCCUAGUCUUUGAGCAGUAUGGGCAGCGCCUUCAGGAAAGUCAGUGAAAGGUAGAGAGCCUAGUCUUUGAGCAGUAUGGGCAGCGCCGUCUUCCACUGGAUCAUGCCCUGCUGAUCUUUAUCAAUUGCAAUGGAAGCUAAUAAAGUCCAAAUCUCCCAGGGGUCAAGUGCCAUCCCUCCUUUUUGGUUAACUUUUUCAUUAUCCCUUGAGAUCUCUGGUGCCAAGGCAUCCGCCAUGUGCAACGCAGAUGAUGAACACCAGACACGGGUGGAGCCUGGACUGGUGUCUUCCCCCUGCUCCACCCACCUUCUGCUUCCUGAGGCUCCAUCUGUGCAGGGCAAAUCUCUUAGUUUCACAGGUAGGACAGAUGGCAGAGUAGAGAAGGGUUGGGGAAGUGAAUAGGGGACACCGCUGGUAACAAAGGCCUGGAACUGGGUUGCCCAUGAGUUUCCCUUUAGGGUUACAAUCUCCAGGUUACAACCCCCUAGAAAUAGUUCCUCAGGCCAAGGGCAAGGACAUCCAGUAGCACUUCCCCUACCUGACAAAGUAAAAGACAAUUCUGGUUUAAUGUUUUGAGGGUUUUAAUUUUUUUAAUUAAAAAAAUAUGUUUUUACUUUA